CCGGCGGGGACGCGGUCUGCGCGGUGGGCUGGGGACCGCCCUGCAACGUCGCAGCGGGCUCGGGCCCGUGAGCCUGGAGCGGCCCGCCGGGCAUCUGCGUCCCACGCUCCCACCCCCUCCCCCGCGUCGGGGGAGGCGGCGUGUCCGGCGGAGGGUGGUGGGGCGAGGGGCAGGGCUGGAGCGCCAUGAGCAGCCCGGAUGCGGGGUACGCCAGUGACGACCAGAGCCAGCCCCGCAGCGCGCUGCCCGCGGUGAUGGCCGGGCUGGGCCCCUGUCCCUGGGCCGAGUCGUUGAGUCCCCUCGGGGACAUGAAGGUGAAGGGCGAGGCGGCGGCGAGCAGCGGGGCGCCGGCCGGGGCGGCGGGCCGGGCCAAGGGCGAGUCUCGCAUCCGGCGGCCGAUGAACGCCUUCAUGGUGUGGGCCAAGGACGAGCGCAAGCGCCUGGCGCAGCAGAACCCGGACCUGCACAACGCCGAGUUGAGCAAGAUGCUGGGCAAGUCGUGGAAAGCGCUGACGCUGGCGGAGAAGCGGCCCUUCGUGGAGGAGGCCGAGCGGCUGCGCGUGCAACACAUGCAGGACCACCCCAACUACAAGUACCGGCCCCGCAGGCGCAAGCAGGUGAAGCGACUCAAGCGGGUGGAGGGCGGCUUCCUGCACGGCCUCGCCGACACGCAGGCCGCCUCGCUGGGCCCGGAGGGCGGCCGCGUGGCCAUGGACGGCCUGGGCCUGCCCUUCCCCGAGCAGGGCUUCCCCGCGGGCCCGCCGCUGCUGCCGCCUCACCUGGGCGCCCACUACCGCGACUGCCAGGGACUGGGCGCGCCCCAGCUCGACGGCUACCCGCUGCCCACGCCGGACACGUCCCCGCUGGACGGCGUGGAGCCCGACCCGGCCUUCUUCGCCGCGCCGCUGCCCGGGGACUGCCCGGCGGCCGGCCCCUACAGCUACCCGCAGGCCUCGGACUACGCGGGGCCCCCCGAGCCGCCCGUCGGCCCCGUGCACUCCCGCCUCGGCCUGGAGCAGGCGGGCCCUGCCCUGCCGGGCCACGUGGCGCCCCCCAGCGCCCUGCAGCUGUACUACAACGCCCUUAGCUCGCCGGCGGCGGGCGGCGGGCGCGGCUUCCCCAUGCAGCCCCCGCAGCCCCCGCCGGGCCCCGGGCAGCCGUCGCCCCCUCCCGAGGCGCUGCCCUGCCGCGACGGCGCGGACCCGAGCCAGCCCGCCGAGCUCCUCGGGGAGGUGGACCGCACGGAAUUUGAACAGUAUCUGCACUUUGUGUGCAAGCCCGAGAUGGGGCUCCCCUACCAGGGGCCUGACUCCAGCGUAACCCUCCCAGACAGCCACGGGGCCAUCUCCUCGGUGGUUUCCGAUGCCAGCUCUGCGGUAUAUUACUGCAACUAUCCCGACGUCUGACGGCCCCCGAUCCGACCCAGCCUGCAGGCCAGAAGCGCAGUGUUACUUCCCAGAGGAGCUGAGGACACCCUCAGCCUCACGUUGUUCUGUUUUGUUUCUAAGUUGCCUAGGCACGUAAUUUAUGGUAAUUUAUUUUGUCUGCCACUUGAACGGUGGGGAUGGGGGUGGGGGGGAGGAGAAAAAUGUGAGGUUUGUUUUCAGACUUGUUCCGAUUCUGGUUGCCCACAGUUGCCUGGUCAAAGCCCUGUUUCCCAGUUCGAGCGGACCAGUUUUGAGUAUGUCCCCGAGUAACUUGCUCCGUUUGCUGAAAACCGAUUGAUCAAAACCACUUUUGCCUUGGGUGUGUUUUCUCAAUCUUAAAAAAAAAAAAUAAUAAAAUCUGGAAUCCCUUUUCACUCUGCUGGUGCCUCUGUCACAAAAGCCAAUUUUUGAGAUGAAUGUUAACUAUGGGCAGCGUUGGGAACAUGUUAAUGAGGUUCAAUGUCUAGCGGGAGCUCCUGCGAAUUUCUCCUUCUCGUUUUUUUGGUAGAACUGACUUCAAGGACGAAACUUAAAAGACGAACGUUUGGAUAGCUAAGGUUUUGGUUUUGGCAAGGGCAAAAACCUCCUGGCAUGAGCCUAUGUUCUGCAUUUCCGUGAUUUUAGCUUCUAAAAAGUAAUGGUCAAUCUUAACACCAUAGGAAUUUUAAUUUCUAGUAUAUCGCUUUCACCAGAGGGGAACAUCCAAGUAAUUUUGGUGUUCUAGUUGACUCUUGAGACCUGCCUAAAGAGGUUUUUGAAGUUUUCUUUGUCUACGUGUCACCAAGAGCCUGCACACUCCCUCUCAACACUGAAUUUGCCAGUCUUCACACAUCCACACCUUGGGAAGUAGUGUUACUGCAUUAAAAAUACUCUGAAGGAGUCACAAGAACGAAUCCAAAGAAAAUGUGCAUUGUGACUUUAAUUUGUUUUAAGUUUAUUUAAGAGUAUGAGCGGGGGAGGGGCAGAGAGAAUACCAAGCAGUCUCCCAGCUGGCGACCCACCAAGGUCUGCUCAGGUCAUGCAGAGAUCGUGACCUGAGCC